AUGGUCAAUCUAUUGAAACUUUUAAAAAAAAAUUCUAAUAUUUGGAUUAAGAACAAAACUCCCUUUUAAUCAUAAGAAUUUUUUAUAUUAUCCCUAUUUAAGGGGGAUAAUUUAUAGUAAUUUUUUAUUUCAUUGGAAGAAACUUGCAUACUUAUUUAUCUUUAAAGCGAGUUAGUAAAGAGUAUAAAGACAAAUCUAACGUCACUUAACUAGAAAUACAAUACUAGUCUUAUAGUAUAAUUAUAAUUCAAACUUAAAAUUAAAGACGGCGUCGUAUCGUAUGGUCCUUUUCGCACUCCCCGAUGUUGUAUGUUUUUCCCAAAGGUUAGGGUUGUAGGGCUCUGUGUCAGAGAAUCCAGAAACUUACAUAUUCCAGAGGAAAGAGCGAUUUAUAUAAUAUAUAUAGAGAGAGAGAGAGAGAGAGAGAAUGAGCAGAAGCUUGGGAAUACCAGUGAAGCUAUUGCACGAAGCAUCAGGGCAUAUAGUGACAGUGGAGAUGAAGAGUGGAGAGCUGUACAGAGGAAGCAUGGUCGAAUGCGAAGACAACUGGAACUGCCAACUCGAAAACAUUACCUACACCUCCAAGGAUGGGAAGGUAUCUCAACUUGAACACGUGUUUAUACGAGGCAGCAAAGUAAGGUUCAUGAUCAUCCCAGAUAUGCUGAAGAAUGCUCCUAUGUUCAAGCGUCUGGAAUCUAGAAUCAAGGGUAAAGGCUCAGCUCUUGGAGUAGGCGGUCGUGGUCGUGCUGUUGCCAUGCGAGCAAGAGGUCAAGCUGCAGGGCGUGGUGCUCCACCUGGCAGGGGAGUUGUACCACCCGUGCGGAGGUAAUCCAUCACUUGGCUGGGUUUCCAUCCGGUAUGCUUUUGUAGGGUUUCCAUGCCAUGGGCAUCAUGGCGACGACUCUGUUUCGAGGAUAUUUCAGAUGUUUGCUUCUUCUUCUGCUGCUUGAUCUUUUUAAACUAUUGGGGGUCAUUUUAAAGUUUCAUUAGCACUUGAAGGGCAUACUGGGGAUACUCUUAGAUUUGUGAUAUUAGCUAGAAAAUGGGACAGUGCAGUCCUUGUUAGGUCUUCUUCACAUGUGUAAUAAGGAAGCUAAUAGAAGCUUGCUUAAGGGAUCCAUGUAGACGUGUCAAUGAACCGGAAUCUCAUCCGAAUUCGAUCUGAUUACUCAAAUAUGGAUAAAAAAAAAAAAUCGAUUACCCGAUUACGAUAUGAAUCCAAUUCUUUAACAAAUUGGAUAUGGAUU